AAGGGCGCCAAAUAUGAGCUUUCAUCAGGUAUCAAUUGACUACGGGUAUUAUAAAAUUGACUGCAAACAUCACGUUCAAUACACUAUACACGAUCUUCUUCUGACAGGAGGCAGCUGCGUGCCUCAAGGAAAGUACCCUGGACCUACCGCAGGCAUUAGACUUUAGCUUUGCUUUAGAAGCAACAUUUGCCUCCUUACUUACUUCAAACCAGCAGAAAUAUCCCUCGCAUGAAACUCCUUGUUUUGUUCUUCAUUCUUCAUUCUUCAUUCUCUAAUUACAGCUUGUCUUGUCCUGUAACCUUCGCCGAUAUCAUGGGCCAGACACAAAGUGUCAGAGGGCGGAGGUGCCAAUCAUCACUUCCUUCAACUGGAAGCGGUGGGUCAGCUCCAGGGUCAGCUCCCUGGUCGGCUUUCAUGCAACUGCCAGUGGACCUGGUUCUCCUGAUAUCCGACUCAUUCCUGGACCCUAUAUCAGCACUGGCCCUCUCUCUGACAUGCAAAGACCUGUUCAACAUGCUCUUCGUCAAACCGCUACCAAGACUAGAAAAUUCUGACCAGGAAGCAUUUCUGCUCCUCCUUGAGAAAGAUGUGAGUCGUCAACGGCCAAGGUACUAUUGCCAUGCCUGCGUGCGUCUGCAUUCUUUCGACCCUACUCGUGAGGGCCCAACCACGUCCGACUAUGGCAGAGCUCUUGAAUACAACGACUGUCGCCGCAGCCGCGCCUAUCUUGAUGGCGGCGAGUUCACCAUCGGAUACCAUCAUGCCCGCCUCAUCAUGAAUCAGCACUUAUAUGGCGCGCCGCAAGACCUGGCCCUGAGCGCAUUCGACAUCACAUACCGGCCAGGGGACUACCCGCAGCAAGGCCUGGCCCUGAGCGCAUUCGACAUCACCCACAGGCCAGGGGACUACCUGCUGCGUUGGGGCCAGCAAUGGUCAGCAAGAAUUAUAGAUGAUGAGCUUUUCCUGUCUGCCACGCACACCCUCCGUUUCGACGGGACAGAGGGGGAUUUUCGAGACAUGCUUGACCAGAGGAAGUACAACGUAUGCGCAUAUGUCGGGACGAAGAAGCAUGCAGACAGGCGUAGCCGCGAACACGCCGAGAAGUGUCAUGGCUAUCGACAACACCUUUACGACAGCCGCAACCAGAUGCUGCAGCGUCGGGGUGAUGCCCAUUUGGCUUCACCCCUUUGGUUCAACCCUCCCUGGAGCCCCAGCCGCACUAUCAACUCCUUUAGGCGUGAGGGAAGCGCGAGCCUGCCACAACACAGAUUUCUGAGGCAGUGUCGGGAUCUCCUUGGUCGUGCAUCUUCUGUGCCACCGAUUAUACAACGACUCUCUCUCGAGGAAAUGUUGUUGGAGAAGGGCCAAAGGGCGCGCGAGAAGAAUGGAUCCUCACCAUUGUCACCUAACACCAAUUGGGGAGCUGUCGAUCGCCGUCUGAUCCGAAAUGGGAAGCGUUUGCACGAGGAGUGAUGAACGACGCUGAGCCUAGGCGGGAGAAACUCGGCUCUCUGCCUGGAGGCGUAAAGAAGAAGUGGGAGGAGUCUGUAUGAAGCGGCGAGCAUGUCUCUGGUACCAGAUACGCAGUAUUCUGAACAGCUGGCGGCAACUUUUUCAUAAUUC